AUGUCUAAAGGAAAAGUUUGUUUGGCAUACUCUGGUGGCUUGGACACCUCUGUGAUUCUCGCCUGGUUGCUUGAACAAGGCUACGAAGUUGUCGCUUUCUUGGCCAACAUUGGUCAGGAGGAAGAUUUCGAAGCGGCCGAAAAGAAGGCUUUGGCCAUUGGCGCCACCAAGUUUGUUGUCGUGGAUGUCAGAAAGCAAUUUGUGGAAAACGUGUGUUUCCCUGCCAUUCAAUCCAAUGCCAUUUAUGAGAAUGUCUACCUUUUGGGAACGUCUUUGGCCAGACCGGUCAUUGCCCAAGCACAAAUCCAAGUGGCUGAACAAGAAGGAUGCUUCGCUGUUUCUCACGGUUGCACUGGUAAAGGUAACGACCAGGUUCGUUUCGAAUUGUCUUUCUACGCUUUGAAGCCAGAUGUUGUUGUCAUUGCCCCAUGGAGAGACCCAGAGUUUUUCAACAGAUUUGCCGGCAGAAAGGACUUGUUGGAGUAUGCUGCGGAGAAGAACAUUCCUGUGGCCCAAACAAAGGCCAAGCCAUGGUCCACCGAUGAAAACAUGGCCCACAUCUCCUUUGAGGCCGGAAUCUUGGAAGACCCAAACACUACCCCUCCUAAGGACAUGUGGAAGUUGACUGUUGACCCAACCGAUGCUCCAGACGUUCCAGAAAAGUUCGACGUUGUCUACGAACAAGGUUUGCCUGUCAAGUUGAUCUUGGACGGCGGAAAGAAGGUGGUUACCGAUCCUGUGGAAUUGUUCAUUGAAGCCAACUCUUUGGCCAGAAGAAAUGGUGUCGGCAGAAUCGACAUUGUGGAAAACAGAUUCAUUGGUAUCAAGUCUAGAGGCUGUUACGAAACACCAGGUUUGACCAUCUUGAGAAACUGCCACAUUGAUUUGGAAGGUUUGACUUUGGACAGAGAAGUGAGAGCUUUGAGAGACCAGUUUGUCACUGUCAGCUACUCCAAGCUCUUGUACAAUGGUAUGUACUUUACUCCUGAAUGUGAGUACGUCAGAUCCAUGAUUCCACUCUCUCAAAAGACAGUUAAUGGUACUGUUAGGGCCAGUGCUUACAAGGGUAACGUCAUCAUUUUGGGCAGAUUCUCUGAAACUGAAAAGUUGUACGACGAAACAGAAUCCUCCAUGGACGAGUUGACUGGAUUCUCACCUCAAGACACCUCUGGUUUCAUUGCUGUGCAAUCUAUCAGAAUUAAAAAAUACGGUGAAGCAGCCAGAGCCAAGGGCACCAAGUUGGAGUUAUAA